GCACUGUGAUGACGUAUGCUGUGGAAGUACAGGAAUAAUAACGCGAGUCUCUUCUGGAUAAUAUUUUAUAUUCAGGGGUGUCUGGCUUUGGUGUGGAGUAGCAAGAGUAACAGAACCCAGGCUUAGAUAGAAGGACUGCCCUCACAAGAUGGGGGCUGUGGUGUCUCGGUGGAGGGCAAAGCCAACCACUGUACAGGUCUUGGAGGGCCUUGAUAAGGAUGUCCAGGCCCUUGAGGAAUGCAGAGAGAAGAACCAGAAGCAGCUGAAGUUAUGGGUUUACAGACUGCUGUUGUACUCAGCCCUGCUGUACUUGAUAGCCUGUACAGUCGUCUAUGUGUGGUACAUCCCAGAGCGGAUGAUAGGAAAAUUAAUAGUGGCGUCACCAUUCUUGGUAUUUCCUCUGUUAGUUUGGCUGCUGAGGAAACUGCUGAUUGUUUUAUACAACAGACGAACGGAGAGAAACAAUGAAAAAUUAGAAGAGCUGAAAGCAGAGAAGAAGAAAAUACUUGAGCAGGUAAUGGAAACUGAAACCUACAAAAAUGCCAAGCUGAUUCUGGAACGGUUUGACCCUGACUCUAAGAAAAAGCUUGAGAUAGAGGCUCAACCCAUUGGCCCACCUGCGACUCCAAGACAAGGCCAAGAGCUGCGUCAGCGGCAUGUGAUCCCUCGUCCUACUGGACGUCCUCCACCCGUUCCUGCCCCCUCGGCCCCCCCCACUCCACUUUCUGCCCCGGGAGGGCCACCUGAAAAAGGUCUGUCUACAUCAACCCCCCAUGGUCUGAUCCGGAGGCCUGGAACCCCGGCUGGCACGCCUGGCCCAGCGAUGGGUUUGCAUGCCAGACCCGUCCUCCCCAGAGAGCGAGGUGCCAUGGACAGGGUCAUUGAGUACCUAGUGAGUGAUGGACCUCAGAACAGAUAUGCUCUGAUAUGCCAGCAGUGUUCGUCUCAUAAUGGCAUGGCUUUAAAGGAGGAGUUUGAAUAUAUUGCAUUCAGAUGUGCCUACUGUUAUUUCCUGAACCCGGCCCAGAAGACACGUCCCCAGGCCCCGCGUCUCCCAGAAUUCGCUGCAGAAACCAAGAUGAGCCAAGACCCCCCUGCUGUUGCCAUGGAGACAGACCUGUCUAGCUGUCCACCUGCCCCAGAGUGUAAAGCAGCCAGUCCAGAGCAUGUGAAAGCAGAACCUGGAGAGCAGCAAGCAGAAGAGAGCCUCUUAGAGGAGAAGAAGCCAGGAGACCCAGAUCCCCUCACCAGCCUCCCUGACAAAUCAGACGGCGAGCACGAUGUGUCCGCCAUGGAAGUGGAGUAGAGUGAGAGAGGGUUUGUCAAUAUGAACCUGUCUGUUCAUCUUGUGUGUGUGUGUGUGUGUGUGUGUGUGUGUAUGUAUGUAUGUGUGUGGGUUUGAUUUUCAUAUUCUUUACCUUUAGUUUAUUUGUUUCCUUUUAAUUUCUACACAUUACAAUUGCAGUGUUAUUUCAAAGUUAAGUAGAAAUGAAAAGUUUAGUGGUCAAAGGGAUUUUUGUGAGGGUUUUUUUUUUUUUAAAUCUGCAAUAAUUAGUUAAAUUGCUGAGUUUAAUAGUCAAGCAUUAUAGUGUCUUUGUUUACAAUAGAACCUGUAUGUAAAAGCUAAACUUUGCAGAAGUUUCAGCACAUAACUCUUCUCUUAUUCUCUUAGUUGGAAAGAAAAGCAGCUAUUCACAUGUAUUUCAUUCUCCAUGUAAGCACUGUUUUGUGACUGGAUGUAUUUAAUGUUCUUAUUUACAAUAUGUAAUAAUGCAAAAAUGUCCCGUUCAAAAGUAUAUUUAUACUAUUUAUAGUUAUUAAUAUCCUCUCAGUGCCUGUUUUUGAAGUGUAGCAUACAUUAGGUGCUUUGCAGCGAGAGAUUGCUCCCAUGUUUACAUGUCUGUUCAGGUACCACCAUAGGAAUGUCUGGCUAUUUAUUAUGGCAUAAAAACAGCCCUUCAGUGUUCUCAGCCUUAUGUGCCUUUAUGUUCGACCUGCUUCAAGAUUGAAGGAAAGCAGAUGAAUGAUCUAAUAGCAUAGCAUAAUGUGCGAAAAUACAGUGCUGUUUUUAUUUUGUCUACAAGGAUUAAUAUAAGAAAUAAAGUUUUUAAAACAAUAUCCUGAUGUUUUGAGAUGCAGAGUUCUUUAA